AAUUAACCACAUUAAAUUGUUGAGAGUGCUAAUUUCUUAACUUUUAAAAAUGUCUAAGUUUGGUGCAUACUCAAUUGCCCUUGUUCUCACAUUGAACAUUCUUUUUUUCACUAUGGUUAGUUCCACUAAUGUCCCAUGCCCACCACCCCCACACCCCAAACCCCACUACCCUACCCCUACCCCCUCCACCCCAUCAUCAAAGGGUAAGUGCCCAAAGGACACACUUAAGCUAAAUGCUUGUGCCAAUUUGUUGGGUGACUUAUUGCACCUUGUUAUAGGAAGUAGUCCAGCUAAGACUAAAUGUUGCUCUCUAAUUGAAGGACUUGUUGACCUUGAUGCUGCUGUUUGCCUUUGCACUGCUCUUAAAGCCAAUGUGUUGGGAAUUAAUCUAAAUAUCCCACUUUCACUCAGCUUGUUGCUCAACAAUUGUGGCAAAUAUGCACCCAAGAACUUCCAAUGCAAAUAAGCCAAAUUUCCAAUUCAUAGAGUUUAAUUUCUUUCAGUGUGUUUGAUGUUUUGUAUGCUUAUACUAGU